AUGAACCCCCGCAUAGAGGAAGUCAGCGAGUCUGACAGCGACCCCUCUGAGAUGGACAUUGACGACAUGAACGAGCUGCUUGCCGCACGCAGGGCUGACGAGAUCAUCUCCGCGAGGAACAUCCCCGCCUCGUCUCAAGACCGCGAGGAGAUGCUACAGCCCCAGGGACCAAACGUGAAGACCUCGACAGACCGCGAAAAGUCCAAGCACUACCAGUGCUUAUACCCCGUAUACUUCGACAAGUCGAGAACAAGGGCAGAAGGGCGACGUGUUGGGUCAGAACUGGCAGUCGAGAACCCGCUGGCGCGAGAAAUGGCCGAUGCCGCAGCGUCUCUGGGCUUGAGCACCGUGUUUGAGCCUGAUAAGACACAUCCUAAAGACUGGGCGAAUCCGGGCAGAGUGCGAGUACUGCUGAAGAAGGACGGAAAAUUGACAGACCCGGACAUCAACAACAAGCAUCACCUCUACAUCCUGAUUGCACAGUACUUGAAGCAGCACCCUACACAGAAAAACACACCCUUCAGACUGCCCAUCGCUGGCAUGCCCAUGCCCAAGGAGAUGCCAGAGCCUGCCAUUCCGAACGGUUGGAAGUUGAACAAGAUCCUGCCGCUACACUCUCCAGCCAUCACAGGAGGGGGUGUUAGCGACAACUUCUUGCAGGACAUGAUGGCAGAGAUGCAAGGGCAGAUUGGAGGGCCUGCAGGAGCCGAGAGUGGUGCAAGCAGUGGCACCGAGAGCAAAAAAAAGAAGGACAAAAAGAAGAAGUGA